AUGUCGUCCUCGUCGGACAUUGCCCAGUUCACGUCCGUCUUCCGCGCCCAGUCUCUGUCCGACGGCCAGCGCAGGGUGACAAAGCGCAACCGCCAACCCGUCUCGUGCCUCGCCUGCCGCGCGCGCAAGCUGCGAUGCGAUCGCGCCCUCCCGUGCGGUGCGUGCGUUAGGCGCGGAGACGAGGGGGCAUGUAAGUUUGGGCCUGCUGCUUCUGUCUCUGCUUCUGCUCCUGCUUCUGCUCCUGCAUCUGCAUCUGCAUCAACACCAUCUACAGUCUCUGCAACUACGCCAGGCGGCGCUAAUGCUGGUACCGGUGCCGGUUCUAUUACCGUUUCUGGAAGUGCUGCUAUUCCUGUCACUUCUGGGGAAAGCAUCGGGAAUACUCUAAGCUCGAGCACUCGAGGAAACGGGAAGCUAGCCGCUGUAACUUCAGAUGGAGCUCGUCAUCGUGGUGGGAGUGGCGCGGGACAGCAGCCGCGUCCGGAGGUUCACUUCCGGCUCCGAAAGUUGGAAGACAUGGUCCAGGACCUCGUCAGGAGGGGCAUGACUUCAUCCAAAGACCGCGACCGGAACGGCGCCCAGCCGGCCCCGGCUCCGGCUCCAGGGUCGGGCCCCACCAACCCGACCGGGACCGUCGUCAACACCGUGCCGACGCCGCCGACUGACUCGGAACCACCCCGGAGCGGAAGCAGCACCGGCGGCGACGACUCCCCAGCCCCGAUCCCCGUCGACGGAGACGACGCCUACUACGGCGCAACACACUGGACGGCCCUCCUCCACCACAUACGCGAAAUCAAAACCGCCCUCGAACCAGACCCGACCGUCGGCCCCGAACCGCCCGAAGGCGCCGUCUGCGCCAUCGGCCCAGACUUUCUCUUCGGCGCCGUCGUCCCCGUCUCCAUGCCUGAGGUUCUCCACAGCCUGCCUCCGCGACAAGACCUCGACAGGCUCCUCGGCGUCUACUUCAACGCCCGCUUCACCGCCGUACCUUUUAUCCACGUCGGCCGCUUCCAGCGCGAGUACGACGCCUUCUGGGCCAACCCGGAGGCUACCUCCUGGCUCUGGAUCAGCAUCCUCUUCUCCAUCCUCUCCAACGCCACCGUCAUCGUCCGCGGAAAGGGAAACGCCGAAGCACUCGGCCUCAACCCCGCAAAGCUGAAGGAGGCCUCGGCGUACUCGGGCCGCGCGGUUCAGUGCCUCAUCAAGGGCAACUACCUCGCCGCGAGACCCUACUCCGUCGAAGCGACCAUCCUCAUCGCCUACUCCCGCGCCCUUGGCAGCAGGGACAUGGACCCGAUCCUCUGGAACAUGUUCGGCGUCGCCACGCGCCUGGCUCAGCGUCGCGGCUACCACCUCGAGCCCUCGCACCUCUCGGUCCCCAUCUCUCCCUUUGACGCCGAGAUGCGCCGCCGCGCGUGGUUCUACUGCGAGGCCUUUGAUCUCCUGCUCUCCUUCCAGCUCGGCAUGCCGGCCAUCGUCCACGAGGGCGACAACGACGCCCGCGGGCCCGGGAACCACCCAGACGAGGACUUUGACGAACACACGACGACGAUGCCGCCGCCGCGCCCGCCGACGGAGGCUACGCCCGCGCUGUACUACUGCUUCAAGUCCAAACUCUGCCGGAUACUACGCCGCGUCAUCCGCCACGCCCUAUCCCCCGCGCAGCCCGCCUACACCGAGACUCAGGCCCUCAACGAGUCCCUGCACGCCUGGCACGCCUCCCUGCCCGCCGUGCUGCGCGUGCGCCCGAUCCGGGAGACGGGUUUCGCGGAGCAAAAUUAUACCGUGAUGCAGCGGCUGAUGCUGGAGUUAAUGUACAGUAAAGCGCUGUGCGUGCUGCACAGGCGGUAUCUUAGCAGGGAAAGGGGCUGUUAUAACGGGGACCCGCGGUUCGCUUCGUCGCGGGAGAUUUGUAGGGCUGCGGCGCUGCGGGUGUUGGAUUUUCAUGCCGAGUUUGAUCGGGAGGCGAGUCCGGGCGGGAGGUUGUUUGAGGAUCGGUAUAUGUUGAGUAGUUUGACGUUGCAUGAUUUCAUGAUUGCUGCCAUGGUUGUUUGUUUGGAUUUGAAUGAGAGUACGGAUACGAGUGACGAGGACUACGAACGGAAAAUGGACGCUCUCAAAACAGCUAGCGAGAUCUGGUCGCGCAGGUCAGACUGCUCCAAGGAUGCGAGGCACGCGGCGGCGGUCCUGCGGGCCAUGGUCCAGCGGCUUUCGCGCCAGAGGAAAGAUGUAUCUCGGCACCAGAUCGAUGAUGCCACAAAGAUGACGCCGACGGUGACGUCGAGUACGGUUGGUAGUAGUUUCGACGGCAUAUAUCGAGACCCAAUCCUGUUUAGCGAGCCGCUGAAUCUGAACUCUGGGCUUGGCGAUGUCGCUGGCUUGUCUGAUCAGGAGCCGGGCCAGAGCCAGGGUCUCGUUGGUGAGGGGGCGUAUCGUGGUGAUGAGUUUGAUUUCAUGGCGUUGGAUAAUGCUUUGAAUGAUCCUGCGAGUGUGGACUGGAGCAUGUUGGAUCAAUACCUGAUGCUGGAUCGGAAUGGGGAACUGGCGAUGGACAUCUCUCAUGAUUAA